GAAAUUGUUCCAGUGAAGUAUGGGCUUCCCUCCUUCCCCACCUCACUGGACGACAGUCUCCAUUCUUAUCCCAUGGGGCACUUUCUGUUCUUCCUCCUCCUCUUCGUCCCCCUCUCUCUAUUUCUCUUGCUUUACGUCUUGAUUCGCCCUCGCCCUACACGAGUGCCAAUUAGGGGCCGCAACGUAGUCAUCUCUGGAGGAUCGAGCGGGAUUGGCCUCGCCAUCGCCCACCAGGCCGCGUCUGAGGGUGCCCAAGUCACCAUCCUCGCCCGCGACCCCAAGAAGCUGGAGGAUGCCAGCCGGUCGAUCCAGAGCGCUACUGGCAAUUCCAACGUUACGGCGCUCAGCGUAGAUGUCCGCGACUUCGCCGCCGUCAAGCGGGCGUUGGAGUCGUGCAGCUCCGUUGACGUUCUGAUAUGCAACCACGGGGUCUUCGUUCCUCAGGAGUUGGAGGAGCAGACAAUAGAGACAGUUAAAUACAUGCUUGAUAUCAAUUUGCUAGGUACGUUCAAUCUGAUCAAGGCCGCGCUACCGAUCAUGAAGAAGAGGAAGGACAACGUGCCUGCCUCGAUUGCUCUCAUGUCUUCUCAAGCAGGGCAGGUGGGCAUUUAUGGUUAUGCAGCAUAUUCAGCAAGUAAGUUUGGGCUUCGUGGUUUAGGGGAGGCUCUUCAACAGGAGGUCAUUGCAGACAAUAUUCAUGUCACCCUUAUAUUUCCUCCAGACACAGAAACACCAGGCCUGUUGGAAGAACAAAAGAGCCGACCAUCGAUCACCAACAUCUUGGCAGAGUCCUCCUCUGCAAUGAAAGCAAAGGAUGUUGCUAGGAAGGCCUUGGAUGGCAUUAAGUCUGCAAACUUUGUGGUUUCGUGCAAUUUUGAUGGGUUCAUGUUAUCACUAGCAACUUCAGGUAUGUCUCCUCAAAGGUCAGUCCUGACAGCUUUCAUCGAAGUGGUUGCUGCAGGCCUGCUUCGUCUUGUGGCUUUGUUUUACCAGUGGAAGUGGUAUGGGAUGAUUGAACGGUGCCAUGCAAAAGAAAAGAAGUAUGUUCUGAAUGGUUGUAGAAUGGCGCUUGAUUUGAGGUGCCUUCAGCUAUCUUAAUUUCAAGAUAUCCUUGACUAUAUGAUAAUUGGAACCAUGCUGCAGUGGUCAUCAUGGGCUGUUAUCCUGUAGUAGCAUGCGUUUGAUUUCUCUUCGGUGCAUUUGUGAUCGGUUGAUUUCAGUCAAGUAGGCAGGCAAGUAUAGAUAUACCAAGCAACAGGAUAGCGAUUGAAUUGCUGAAAGUGAGUUGCUCAAACUGUGUUACAAGUUUCUGAAAGGGAAUUGUCAGUUGUCAUAGAUAUUAUUCUGUUAUUUUGGGCAAUUGCUUCUACUUACACCUCUUUGUGUAGUAGAUCACAUGUUACUGAACAUUAUGUGGUAAAUUUCAAUUGGCUAUUUACCUUUUUGUAAAUACUUGGUAAAGCAUUGUGCAUGAUCCUAUUAAAUUUUAACUGAUGUGAGUAUGUGUUA